AUGUUGAUCAAGAGUGUUUACAAUACUGUGAACAGGAUUUAUGAGACUUUUGGUAGUGGCAAGACGUUUGAAGCUGGGGUAGAUACAGUGUUGAUAUUAGGUGGAUCUUCUAAUAAGUUUGGGUUAGAAGUUUGUAAAACUUUUGUUUUGAACUACAAUUCAAAGGUUAUUAAUAUUGAUACUAAUGAUAUUUCUUAUUUGUUAACUAUGCAAGAGGCCUUUGUGAAAAAUUAUACUUUUGUUGAGUGUUCUUCACUUUCGAAUAGAGAUAAAUUGUUAGAAAGUUUAAAAUUUAUUAAGGAUAAUGAGAUUAACGUCACUGUCUUUAUUAACAAUCUUCAAGAAGGUUUGGAGAGUCUUUAUAGUACUGAUUAUGAGGAAUUGUUGUCUGUAGAGGAGAGAAUCGAACAUCUGGAGAGAUGUGUGACAAUUAAUCUCACAAACGUAAUGAUUGCCACUAAAUACUAUCUAACAGAAAUUAUUCCUCAAAUCCAGCAGAGAUUGGAAAACCCUUCAUUUUAUAUUAUAAAUAUGUCCUGUGAGCAACCUGAUGGUUCUUUAUUAUAUGCUUCACAUUAUUUAUGUUCCAAAAUGGCUUUGAACCAAUUUCACGACGGUUUAUCUUCUGAAUUGAGUCAAAGAGGUAAAACCUCAAUAGAGAAAAGUCAAUUACCAAAGAUUAAAAUGCUAUUGAUCUUUUUACCUCAUAUUGUUGAUUAUAAUAAUUGGAAAAACCUUUGUCCUGCUUUUGCAAAAGAAUUUGUAAAAUGUAUUGAAGAUGGAAGAAGAGGUUUCCAUGUCUUACCAAGAGACGUCUACACAAAGAGAAAGAGAUAA